UACGCGCGCUACCUUAAGUGUACACAUAUAGACUUACACUACCUACCUAGUGCACUUUGUUCCCUAUACGGAGCUGUUUGGCACUCGGCCCGUGUUUACUCCAAGAUGACGGAACACAGCGCUUCACCGGAGGAUCCGUGGCACAAACAGACAGACACGGCUUUUAAUGACAGCUUCGACCACAAUUUCUUUGCAGAAAGUACCCGUAAGGGAUCAGUGGUCUCCAGGGCCAACAGUAUCGGAUCCACCAGUGCUUCCUCCGUACCUAAUACAGAUGACGAAGACAGCGACUACAAACACGAGCCCAAGGGCUCGUAUAAAGAUCGCAGGAGACAAGCGCACACUCAGGCUGAGCAGAAGCGCCGAGACGCUAUCAAGAAAGGCUACGACGACCUGCAGUCCAUCGUACCCACCUGCCAGCAGCAGUCUGAGUUCGCCAUGGCCGCACAGAAAAUCAGCAAAGCCACGGUGUUGCAGAAAACCAUAGACUACAUUCAGUUUCUUCAUAAAGAGAAGAAGAAGCAAGAAGAGGAAGUGUCCAUGCUGAGGAAGGAAGUGAUGGCGCUGAAGAUUAUGAAAACGAACUACGAGCAGAUCGUGAAGGCUCACCAGAACAACCCUCAGCAGGGCAGCGAGCAGGUGUCUGAUCAGGUGAAGUUCAGCGUGUUUCAGAACAUCAUGGAUUCUCUGUUCCAGUCUUUCAUCACCUCGGUGUCCGUCAGCAGCUUCCAGGAGCUCUCGGCCUGCGUCUUCAGCUGGAUCGAGGAGCACUGCAAGCCACAGACGCUUAGGGAGUUUGUGGUGGGAGUCCUGAGGCAGCUGAACGGCCAGCUGUAUUAAUGCACUGGAGAUCUCUCUCACACUCAGGACAUGAUGUUCACAAGCUUCAGGUUGCUGUACUUCUACCAUCACUACCAAAAGCACAGAUUAUUAUUAUUAUUAUUAUUAUUCAUUUGAUCAUCACAUGGCCACAAGUGCCUGUCACACAACGCCACACACGGGUGAUCGGCUUGUUUGUUUAUUUCUGCAGUGUAAGUGGUUGAGUGUAAGCGUCAGUGAAGGGCGAAUGUGCUGUGACUCAAAAGAAUAUAAUUCUUCAAAUGCAGAGGUUUGAUUCGAAGUGAAAGUUGUGUUUGUGCAACAAAAUCACAGGGACUGGGGUGUGUUCCAGCUCGGUAUACGAACCAGUGAUUACAAAAUGAAUAUAAGAAGUCGUGAAAAGUGUUUCGGUCGUCCUGAUUUCAUACACGUUACAACGUUCGGUCAAAUGCUUGACGUGUUUUCGCGUUUAUUCACAUCAUCCAAAUCCCAGGUAUUACUGAAGCACAAUCCAGCCUGAGCUCUGAACUCAGUACACUAGAAGUGAUUGUCUUAGCACUUUCAUCUGUCUGAUAUAUGCUGAUGAAGCGUCACGUCCUGAUGACAUCAUAUCCCAAACAAUGAUCUGGGCCACUUUCCAGUCCAAUCUUAAACACUACACAAGCUUUUUUUUUUUUUUUUUUUUUUUUUUUGGCCCAAUUUUAUGGUUGUGAUAAAUCAGACGUUUGCUUCCUAAACUUCGUCAUGUUCGGCUCCGAGCUCUCUGCGGCUCUCCGACAGUCCUGACUUUUGAGCUCACAGCAAUCUGUUCUGGUCUGUGUAGUUAUUCAGAGGGUCUGGCUACGUACAACAGACGUGAUUCCACCGAGACUCCAGAACCUUUUGAAGUAUUUAAGUAGUCUGGAUCUUCCAGAAUGUGGAGAUCAGGAAACCUUUCUGGAAGAGAUCUGAACUUUUCAAAUGGAAAAUUCAGGAAAACGUUCAUUCGUUCAUAGUGAAUCAGAUCUGUGAACUCCAGAUUCUUCCCUGAUGCGGAAUCUGGUGAAUUCCAAAACAGGACCUCCAUUAGACAACCAUUGGGAUCUCCAGAUGAUCCUCAAAUGAGAGCUUUAGUAGCUUGCCAAAGGAGAGGUCUGGAACCUUCCUGAUGGGGAGCUCUGGAAGGUCUUCCCAGAUAUUCUCAUCUUUAUUGCGAACACUACUUUAGAAACAAUAGUCAGGUGGUGGUGGUGUUUUUUUGUUUGUUUGUUGUUUUGGCAAAAACAAAAACGCCGACAUCCUGUGAUGGAAAUAUCUCAUGCUGUAGAUUCUCCUUUUUAGACCAGAGCUUGUCGAAUCUCCUCAGAUUUGAAACAGCCACCAAGUACGGUUUAUAACGGCAGUGCUAUUUACACGGCUUUAAUACACUGAAGCAGGAAGGAAAGAGGAAGUGCAGAUCACGACGCACCACACGACUGACCUGACGUAUCUAUCGCUGUCCAACACACCCCAGUUCCACGUGUUGUUUUUUUCAGCAACUCUUUCAACUAAUGCAAUAAUGUCUGUGUUUAUUGUGCCUGUAAACCGUGUGUGUGUGUGUGUGUGUGUUCUCUUGCUUACCUCUGAAUCAGACUCUAUCAGUCCUAUCUACGGGUGUGAUCUGGAGAAUGUGAUCUAUACCGAGUGACACGCUAAACUAUUCUGUUUUCUCUGUUACCUCAUCUUCACAUCCCAAAGCACAACUUUCUUUACAGAGCCAUGUUUCCAAGCGAGACCAAAUGUAGCGAGAAGUACUAAUCCCCGAAUGUUUUUUUUUUUUUUUUUUUUUUUAAAUGAUGUGAACUGUGAAAAAAAACAUGAGCACACCGAAUGCUUAUUCUGGGGGAGGGAGGGGGGGGGUUUUGGGUUGUUGUCGGCGCAACCAUUCUAGAUGAGAAUUCCUGUGUUAUACGUUUAAGGUCCUUUAGAAUUGUGUUUAGCGUCACCCAUAAUUUAGUCAAACGUUUUUUGGGAUUAAAUCCCAUUCUUAAGUGUGAAAAAAAAAGUUAUGACAUCAUAGAUUAAGAGCCAAUCAAGUGCUAGUAGGCAAAUCAGGUUACACACAGGCCGGACUUUAGCUUGGGAGUUUUUUAUUUUUUUUUUUUUAGAUGAGGUACAAAAUUGUCAUUUCAAGCUAUUUAUUAUUCAAUUGAAGACAAAAAAAAAAAAACUGUAUACGACAUUUGUGUAACUCAAAAUGUACUCAGCCUCAUUUUAUUAAGUACAAAGACAGUUAUUAUUAUUUUUUUUAUUUUUUUUUUACGUACAAGGUUUAAGCUCAAUCGCGGAGGAAAGCCGUAUCCGACUCCGACUAAAAUCAAACGAGGAAAAGUUCUCAGGAAAGCAGGACUUCUCUGUACAUUCAGGACUAGUCUUAGUAAAAGAUUGUUGUUGAAUCAGCGCUGUGCUGAAGAUAAAGGGACUCUUUCUGUCUUUAGCCAUAUCGUGGACUCGCCACACGAUCGCAGCUCAAUGCAUCACAGACUCUGUGCUUUAAAAUCUCUGCUGCUGCUCAGAACCAGAGAAUAUUCUCGGUCAGAUUAUUUUUGUAUAAAUAUAAAUGCUGUUUGUAAUCAGGAAAAAAUAAACGUUUGAUGUUGACUUCA